CUGUCUGUCCUUCCAAUCACUGCUAGAAAAUGUAUUAUGUAUUUGGAUUUUGUGGCCACGUUGAUACUUUCUCUGAAAAAUUGGUGUCAAUUUAGGUUUCGUGGAGAUUUAUUUUGAAGACUUCGAACCGGAAGCGUUAUGUUUGUUUGUUGUUGCUAACGAAGAGGUAGCGGUGUAGAUUGACAGUUAAUGGCUGAUAUUAACUGUUACUGCGUUUCACUGCGUGUUUUAUUGAACUCAUUUCUUUUAAACGAGUAGUAAUGUCAAACGAGGAAGACGGAAAUCCUCUUUUUUUUUUCUGCGACUGUUUCACAACUGAUAACAUUUUCCUGGAGGACUACAAGCUCCAUGUCCGCUUCGUGUCGGAGCAGCAGUUCAGACUGGACUAUCAGACACUGCUCAGGAGGCUCGGCUGUGUGACGGAGCAGCAGUUUGAGGAUGUGCUCAACAAGAUUUCACAGGAAGUGGACAGGCGAAGGCGUCUUGGUGUGACGUCCGCUGAGAGAGCUGCUGCUAUUAAAGACGUGUACCAUCCCCUCCAUCCUCACGUCUACCGCCUGCAGGAGUCCUACCUCGCGCCAAAGUUCAAGCAGAUUGUUGAGUACUGUCGCAGCCGGGGGGCCAGUGGAGACGGGCUCUCAGGCUUGUUGCAGGAAGAGGCAGCGGUAAGGGUGUAUCGCUUCCCAGUGUUUGAGAAGAGCUUCUGUGAGGAGCUGGUGGAGGAGCUGGAGCACUUUGAGCAGUCAUCCGCCCCUAAAGGAAGACCCAACACCAUGAACCAUUAUGGGAUCCUCCUGAACGAGCUGGGCUUCGACGAGGGCUUCAUCACCCCCCUCCGUGAGCACUACCUGCACCCGCUCACCUCCCUGCUGUACCCGGACUGUGGGGGGCGCUGUCUGGACAGCCACAAGGCCUUUGUUGUGAAAUAUGACAUGAAUGAAGACCUGGACCUGAGCUACCACUACGACAACGCAGAGGUCACCCUCAAUGUGUCCCUGGGCAAGGACUUCACUGAGGGAAACCUUUAUUUUGGUGACAUGAAACAGGUGCCUUUAAGUGAGACGGAGUGUUCAGAGGUUGAACACAGGGUGACCGAGGGCCUCCUCCACCGGGGCCAGCACAUGCACGGGGCCCUGCCCAUCUCCUCCGGCCAGCGCUGGAACCUCAUCAUCUGGAUGAGAGCCUCGCUGGAACGCAACAAACUGUGCCCCAUGUGCAACAAGAGGCCGACGCUGGUGGAAGGGGAGGGCUUUGCUGACGGGUUCACCAAACACCCCGAUGCACCGCUCAACGCUUCGUGUGUGCUGACGUGAUGAAGACACUGUGUGCGAGUAGGAUUUGAAAUUUGCGACUUGAUGAUUUAGGUGCUUCCAAUAUAGAUUUUGUCAGGUGAUAUGGUUGAAUAGACUGUAGAAAGCAAUUUAAUUGAAUUAACAAUAAUUAUGUAUUCCAAAUUGGAAUGAUGAAUCUUUAUUAUUUGCACUAUUAAUAAUAAUGUAAUGAUACUAUAAUUCUGAAUUUCAGACAUGCAGUGGUGUCCCAUUAUGUGAUCAGUAUAUUUAUGACUUCAAUGUGAGUCCAAUAAUAUAAACGCACACCGGUGAAGCCUCUGUAAUAGACAGUAUGAUUGUACUGUGUGUUUAAAAACUGAUGGAAACACCACUCUGACAGUGUCUUUCAUUACUAAUAUCCAAAGUCAGGCUAUCCUCUAAUACUGAGUACCGUCUGUAAAGGCUCUAAAGUCUCUCUUUGUGAAAUGAAUUGGGAUGGGAUGCUAACAUGAGGCCAGGGGUUUCUGUAGCAUUCAGUCAGUGAAUAUAGUGGGAAUACUUAAAGGUACCCUGUGGAGUUUUUGACCACUAGUAGCACCAUAACAUUAUUUGUACGAGUAGGUCCCUGUUUUGUUUUUGCUCACGCACACACACACAAUCAUUGUCACAGGAAACAAAUAGGAAUCAAGCAUGUGAAACCAAUCACAUCACAAUUUGUGGCACUACCAUUAGGUACACUUCACAUUUUGCAGCCAUUUAAAGAAUGCAGGAUUUAAAAUAUUCAAAAAUUCUGCUUAAUAAACUGAACAUAAGAAACGUUAAACGUAACUAAAUGUGAACAUAGCUUUUGUUUACAAGCAAACUCCACAGGGCACCUUUAAUUUUACAAUGACAUCGUGGAGCGGUCACAUCUGGCAGACACCUGAUCCACUUUAUAAGAUCAGUUUUGGCCACAGAAGCUAUAGUGUGUCAGAUCAGUGCAUCCCUGUUAAUACAUCCAGUACAGCAUCUUUUCCCACAGUUGUUUAUCUGUCAGUGAUGGUUGAUAUCUGUCUGCUCACAAAUCCAUGUCAGCUUUGCUGAUAUUAACCACUGGCUGACUGUAAUCUGGCUUCCUAUUGACCAACCAUGUUGACUGUUGUCUGGAUCAGUAAGAAUGGAAUACACAUUUUCGAAGUCACAGAUAUCUCAGUUAUGCUAUAGAUACAGGAGAAAAAUAUCAUGAUGUUCAACACAAGACAGGCCACAUCAUUUGGAAUAAUGGAAUUUUAAUUACAUAAAUUAUAUCUGUCAGUUCAUGAAUAUCCAUUGUGUGUGCAUCUCUUGCUAUUGUCAUAUGCAUGUAGUGUUGUGGUGGAGGUUAAUUAUUUUCUCAUACAGAGUCUUUGCGAGUAAAAACAAAUAUAAACCUGUCCGAUACAGCUUGCACAAUAAAUCUAUCCCUUUCAGCAACAUCAGAA